AUGGCGGCGCAGUGGUUCAAAAAUCUGGGGGUCGCAGGUAAAACUGUUGUUGUUCUCAGCGCAGGCGUAGCCGUUGCUGGUGUAGGCUGUUACUUGUUUCACAGAAAUAAGGAUUCAUCCGAAGAUGAUAUGGACGGUACAUUUGAAGUCCUGACGACGGAAGACGAUUCGCCAGAAAAAAGAGUUCUUGUACUGGGACUGGAUGGUUCUGGGAAGACUAGUAUUUUAUCAUGUCUAGCAAACCAAGAAAAUAAAGAAGAAACUAAGCCGACUGAAGGCUUUCAUGUUAUUGUAGUGCAGUCUGAGGGUGUUACACUCAAUGUUUGGGAGAUUGGUGGUAGAGAAAAUGUACGCUCAUAUUGGGAUAACUUCAUCCAGGACACACAAGUUUUAACAUUUGUGGUGGAUUCUACUGAUACCAAUAGAUUUGCACUUGCCAUGGAUGAACUGAGAAAGGUUUUAUCCGAUGAGAGGAUGGAUGGAGUUCCAGUUAUAGUUGUCGCAAAUAAACAGGAUUUACCUGGAGCAAAGAAUGCAAGUGAAGUUAGAGAAUUUUUAGAUCUUCAGUCAGUUGCGAAAAACCGAGAAAUCCAUGUAGUUGAGACACAAGUACCGCUUAAUUCUACACAGUUAGGCGUCAAGACUCUAGAAGAGCUGCUAAAUAAACUCACAAAACAUUCAACAUAAAUAAACUAUCAAGAUAUGAUUCAUUGUUCACCAAGUACAUGUAUAUUUUUUUGUGGGAUUACUUUUAAACUGUAAAAAAUAUCUUAAUUGCACAUUGCAAGGGCUUUUGGGGUUUCAUCAAAAAUAGUAAAAAUCUUUAUCACAGUUAGUGAGAAUGAGAGUUUUCUUGUAAAGGGACUUAAAAGGUGUACAUACAUUUCUGUAUAAAGGAUAGGUACCAAUCUGUUAAUUUCAGAAAACUUUACCAUGAUAAAAGUAGUAACACACCACCUGCUGAAAGCCUCCACGGAUCACCAAAGUGAAUAAGAAAAAAAACCAGGGUCAGCAGGUGAUGUUUUAAUGCACUAAAUUUAUGGUAUAUGAUAGUUAUAAUUCUCAAAGAAGAAUGGCUGAUUUUGAAAACCUUGGUGACUGACGCGCAUAGAUGUCACGCUUAAUUGGCAUUCGAUUCGUAAGUAAAGUUUUUUGAAAUCACGAUAUUUCUGUUAUUUUGAUACUCAAUUGGUCAUGUGAUAAAAAGGUUAUCACCUGAUAUUGCUAUUUGUAGAGCUGGUUUAUGCUCAUGGUGGUUAUAGGAUUCAUUGUCCGCACACUUUGGUUUAUCGAUAAUACUCUCCUCUGACAUCACUUGUAUUAACUAUCUCUAUGAACAAGUGAUAUAUUGUCAUGACCUCAUAAUAAAUGCUUGAUUAUUUGAUAUAUUGAUUUUUAAUGCAAUUUUUCAUUUUUUUUAAACUUUGUUUGAAAAUAUUUUUUUUUAAAUGUAUUUUUUUUUUUUUUCAAAUCAGGUAUACAUGUAUCAUUUCUCCAUAACCAAAUGUUUAACACAUUGCCAGCUGAAAGCUUUCACAAAUAGCUGAAAUGAAUGGGGAAUUUCAAAUAGCUGAAAUAAAUGGGAAAUACAGUGUCAGUAGGCUGUGUGUUAAGUUACCAAUUAUUAGCUCAGGACAUUGUACCUUUUAUGUCUUCCAAAGGAUUGUAUUUUCAAGCUGACUAUAAUUGAGUAACAGUCACCAACCCCUCUGUAGUUCAAGAAGAACACUGCUCAAUAUGUUGUCAUAGCCAUCUUUUAUACACUAGGCCAACUAUUUAAAUCUUGUUAGCUUGUCACCAGAGCUUUAUGGAGAGUCUGAGAAUUGCUGGCAUCAUAACUCAUUUAAUUAAUCUAUACCCCGUUUGCUGUGCAGUUCAUUCCUAUUGAUAUGUGUUGUGUACAUGUAUGUAUAUUUUGUUAUUUGAUGCAAUCUCUCCAGAAAGUGUAUAUCUACAUUGCAACAGCCAUCUAAAAGUAGUUGCUUUGUGCAUAUUCUCAUUUGGAGCAACUCAUAGCAUGCACACACACGGUAAUGAUAAUAGGAGCAUGCCUUUCCCUCCAGUUGCAUGUGGCAAUCUAAAGCCGACACAUCACUGUACCUUGACCACUAAGAUAUUUGGUUUGUACAUUUCCUUUUAUAAAUACGAGAAUUUGUACAUGUAAUUACAGUUUAAUUAUGUAAUAAUGAUUUAAAUGUUUAUCACUGGUUGUAUCACUUUUAUUUCAGCUUUUUUGUAUUUGUAGCCACACUGGCUUAUCAUGUACCAAUAUGUUCCCCACGAUUCCAUGUUCUUUUCAAAGAACUUGCCACUUUAGAGAUACUGCACAGAACAUAACAACUUUUAAUCCGAUUAAAAUAUAAACAUGGGUACUGUUUGCCCCUUUCUUACCUCUAAAUACACAUAACAUACCAUAUUUGUUCUAUUAGUAGCAAAUGCUAACUGAUGGAAGUGCGUCUAAAGUCAAAGUCAUAUUUAAUAUGUAAACUGUUGAUUUACAUUCAAUUUUAAUAAAGCAAAUACCACAUUCUGGACAUCUAAUGUACGGUAGUUCAUACCAGAAAUCCUAAUUGCUUGUUGACAAAAGAUAUCCCACAGUUUUAAUAUGCAUACAGCAAAUGAGGAGCCCACACAUUUGUGGAUAAUCACUAAUAACAAUUUUCAUAUUUGAAAUUUAGUUCUGAACUCUUCAUGUGUUAAAGUCGCUCAGGUAAUCAAACGAAUUGCUAUGGAGAAGAUAAAAGUACAUGUGUAUUAUUAGAGAACACUUGUGUUAAUUGAAUGUGUAGACUUUCAACAGUCCCUCUAGCCUAAUGUUUUUUUUUUUAAUUUAAAAUGCUGCAAAUGCAUUAUCACGUUUGAUUAAAUAAUUUUAGUUAAAAAAAUAAUAAACACUAGGACAGAGGAACUGAACUGUUGACAGUCUAUUGAAAAUGCAUAGUGUAGAUUUCCUGACAUUGAAAUCUUCUAAAUUUCAGUUUUAAAGUAUUAAUUAUUAACUAGUUAA